AUGGUGAACAUUCCAAAGACAAGGAAUACGUACUGUAAGAAGUGCAAUGGAUACUCCAAUCACAAGGUUUCACAGUCAAAGGCAUCGAAGCGUAAUCCAAAUGCGCAAGGAGAAAGGAGAUACGCAAUAAAGCAGAGAGGAUACGGAGGACAAACAAGGCCUGUCCUGAGAAGAAAGGCAAAAGUUACAAAGAAGUUUGUACUGAAGCUGGAAUGCACCACCUGCAAGUUUGCACAUCAGAAACCUCUUAAGAGAGCCAAGCAUGUGAUACUGGGAGGAGAGAAGAAAACAAAAGGAGAAGCAUUGAUUUAUUAA